AUGUCCUCGCCGAGGAUCUUGCGAGUGGUUUUCUGGUACUUGCCGUCGCUUGCAGCGUGGUCGAUGAAGCUCGUGGCGGCUUCAAGCUUGUCGGAGGGGAUGAAAUCGCGCAGGAUCACGUACCCGUCGGACACGAAGGAGCGCUUUUGCUGGUCGGAGAGUGCGAGGGUGUCCAUUCCUAUGCGGAAACGCGUUGACAGAGGGUACUGCUCUUGCGGGUGUCGGGAUAGAUGCGACAAUGUGGAGAAGACUUGUUUAACCUGA